CAUGGCCGUAGGCACGGGCACGUCGCUGGCGCUGUCGUCGCUGCUGUCGCUGCUGCUGUUCGCCGGGAUGCAGAUGUACAGCCGGCAGCUGGCCUCCACCGAGUGGCUCACCAUCCAGGGCGGCCUGCUGGGCUCGGCGCUCUUCGUCUGCUCCCUCACGGCCUUCAACAACCUGGAGAACCUCAUCUUCGGGAAGGGCUUCCAGGCCAAGAUAUUCCCUGAGAUCCUCACCUGCCUCCUGCUGGCCCUGUUCGCCUCUGGCCUCAUCCACAGGGUCUGUGUGACCACCUGCCUCAUCUUCUCCAUGGUGGGUCUCUACUACAUCAACAAGAUCUCCUCCACCCUCUACCAGUCCACAGCGCCUGUCGCCCCUCCUGCCAAGGCUGUGGGCAAGGGCAGGAAGAGAAAUUGAUGUCCUGCUGCCCCUUCCUGGGGCCGAUCUGGGACUCCCCCCUGCCCAAUAAAGCCAUUUCUUUGUA